CGGUCAGCACUUGGCAACGUCAAACAAUAUGGCGGCGCUAUAUCUCGUCGCCCUUCCCUUUGAGCGAAUUCAAGUCGGUGUUAUUUACAACAGUUUUCCUUCGUAAACGCAACAUUUUCAAUAAGCACACACUUUUUCAAUUCUUUUAUGUCGCUAGCGAAGAUUUUUAUUUGAUCUAACUUUUUUGCAUAAUGACUGAACUGCAUAAUCCUCUCUGUGCCGCUUGAUUGAACACACGUCGUUUGAUCGGGCCUUAUAUGUUAGCGACAAACAACAAAUCCCUUGUCUGGAGCAGGUCUACUUGAGGUCUAUUUUUAGUUCUUUUGUACUGUUGAAAGUUCAGUCGAAGACGGUGUCAUGUUCUAAGGAAGGAGGAAAGUAUAUAGACCAUUAUUCUUCAGACUUUAAAACAAUUUCAGACAUGAUCUGCCACUGUUGUUAUUGAUGUUUGUGGAGUCAUCUUAUUGAGGUGCCAUGACUGGUGGAGCCCUUAAUCUGUCUCUGCUGAGCAGAGGAGUUGGUGAGGUUCACAAAAAUGGACAUGAAAAAGUGGAAGUGUUUCUUGAACCAGAGGAUUACUACAACUUCUCAAAGAACCCAAACAAAUUUUACUUGCCACCGUUAUCCUCCAAUUAUCCAUCCUUCAUCAAUGCAAGCCCAACCAUCAGCACUCGAUCCCCAAGGGAGUCCAAGGAAUUUCGGGUACCCAAAACUUUCACCACAAGGAAAGGGGCCUUAUUGCUUUUCUCUGAGGACUUGGCUCAGAGGAACAUGGAAAGGGCGGCCGCUGCCCGGAGGAGAGCAGCUAGUCAGGCUCAGACCAGCCACAGCCUUACACCUGCCAGCAGUGUUGACCCGCAGAUUUACCUAAAAACAGUGGAGGACCUGGCACAAUCCAUUCUCAAAUACGGAUCACAUGACCGCCCAGAUGACAAGGUGUAUCUCAAGUUUGUACACGCUCGUCGGGACAAUUUUGAACGUCAGAUACGUCCGGGCUACUCUGCCAAGCGUUAUUUAUCCACAUGGACUCGCAACUGGGAUGACACCGUCUUUGGAAAUGUUAUCAAGAAAGGCUACAUCACAGAGAGGUCUCUGUAUCACUACAACCUGGUGGUGCCAAACCUUCGACGGCGAUUGUUCUACGAAGACCUCUCUCACAUGCCCCAGCCGUACCGCCUUAUGCGCAACAUGUUGAUGAUGCCAGGAAGCCUGUCAGGAUACACCUUCUACCGGGCUCCCACACAGUUUUUGGAGGAAGAUGAUUUUGAUGACCAUGACUCCGAAGUCCUGGGUCAGAGAUCCGACAGACUUCACAACAUCCGAGUGAUCAAGACCCAGGGCGGGGUACAAGAAGAGGUGGCAUACUCUGACCUUGACCGCCAGUCCCAGAAGGACGUCAUCACAGAUCUGCUGGUGAAAAGUGCUGUGCAUUAUGCCCUGAAAAAACAAGAGGAAAUGUACGAGGAGUCAAUCAUCAUGGCUGUGCACAGUCAACAGCAGGGAGGCGUAGAGCAUCCAGGCGUGACUCAGCAGGAGUUUGACAUGCGGGAUGCUGUGGAGUCCCUGCUUGAUUCCCACCAUGGCCGCUACGCUAUCGGAGCAGACUUGCCGGAAAUUGACAACAAGAGCCAUCACUCUGACCUCACGGGUUCCUUCAAGGGAGCCCCCGUGCCUCCGCAUGCUGUCAAACAGCACGCACCCUAUCAUCGCCAGUCUUGGCCAGCUGAAGCCGGUGCAGAGUCUGAGAAGGAGUACAUGGGAGGGGUUCCAGUCGUUGCCUUCAAGGAGAGUGGGAGCACGGCCUCUGAGUCGUCCAGUGUGCCCCACCUCCCGCCCAUCCGACACGCCCUCUCGCCCAUCAGGGACGUCAGUCGUGAGACCACCCAGCACAAUCUCUCCUUACCCCCUAUAGGAAAAGUGUUCAGGCGCACAAUCUCUACGCAGUACAGCGACUCUGACACGAUAUCAACAGACCCUCCCACUGUGAACGUCCAGCCGGCCACGCCCCAACACUCGUCCCUUACGGCCGCGGCUCUCUCCAGUCAUGACGUGGCCGGUGCCAGCACCGAGGCAGCUCGAGGUCUCUAUUCCAGGGACACGGAUGAUCGGAAAGCGUCCACCAGCGAUGUUGCUGGGCCACAAUCCUCCGUGGACUCUGCCGCGCAUGCGCCGCUGAGCACUACGACUUCCGGCACCACCAAACUGAGGCCGCAGUGGAAGGCAGGAGCUCAGAGCCUGAGGAAAGGACUAUCGCCGGAGGAGCAUGAGACCCUGGGCGUUUUGUUUUGUCCCCCCACCCAGCCACACCCACCUGCGCUCUUUCUGUCCAUGCAGGGACACGCCCCUCUCUCCUCCUCUCUGCCUCGAUCUCACGACGACGACCUCUCUCCUCACCACAGCCCCUUUUCAUCUGGUCCGUCCUCUGUGCACUCUGGCCACAAACCUGGCCCAUCUUCCCAUCGCCCAAGUCACUCGUCACACCCCUCGUCCCACCAAAGUACGAACAAUUCACCCCACCCUUCGUCCCACCAAACGAACAAUUCGCCCCACCCUUCGUCACACCAAACGAACAAUUCGGCCCACCCCUCGCUCCACCAAACGAACAAUUCGGCCCACCCCUCGCCCCACCAAAGUAUGAACAAUUCGCCCCGCCCCUCUGCCCACCUCGCCCCUCUUUCUUCCGGCCCGCCCUCUCACGCUUCCUGGGCAUGGGAUCGAGACGGCUACCCUAAGCGGCCUCACAAGACGUCGAAACCUGGCAGUGUUGUGGAGUCUGCCAAGGGUAGUAUGAUCAUGGCCCCUGACGGUGAAAUCAUCAGUGUGGGCGGAUCUGUGGUGAGGGGCGGGGCUUCUCAUGACGUGGGCGACAUGAGUGACGUGUUGGCCGCCCGCCACCAACUCCAGGCGGAGACUGCGGGCACAGAUGAAUCAGGCCAGUCUGAUGAAGAACCAGACGAGUGGAAGGCAACCAAAAAGUUUUCAAUUUCUCAGCGAUCUGAAAGUAACAAGAAGAUGCACAAGCGAGAGAUCGACUACACGAGCGGCGACAUCGACGCCACCAUGUCCAUCCACAGCUGGAGCUACACAGCGCGAGAGCCGGAGCAGGAGUUCAGCGGCGGUGCCGGCCCGGCCAGUGUCAGGAGCAUGCCCGGUCUACAGCUGGACGCAGGGGUUAAGGGCCCUGGUUCCACGACCGAUGGGGGUCAGCCUGAGGCGGGUGGUGUGAGCAGCCCAAGCAGUGACGGUGAGCACUGGGCGCGCAUCACGGAGCGGCCGGAGGAGGAGGAGAUCGCCAACAUCGAGUCGCGUGAGGUGACCCAGGAGGAGAUCCAUAUGCCCAAAGUUCCCUCACCUUCCCCAGUCUCAGAAACACACGCGGAGACCAAGGUUGAGGACCUCGAGGAUGAAUUAAAAGAGGAAGAAGAAGAAGAGGAUGAAAUGGGUGGUGGUGUGACGGAAGAUGACCUUGCUGUUGAGAAGGAUAAAGAUGCCAGCACCCCGAGAUCUAAGUCUAUUGGUCUUCAGACUGAUUCUGAAGUUGGUAGCCACCGCGAAGCUGUUACGCGUGGGAAGGAUAGCUUGUCGAGGACACCGCGGAAGAGUUCUGAGCAUGAUACCGAUGAUGAAGGCGAAGCCAAUGGCGAAGAAGAGGGCGAAAAUGAGGAGGGAUGGAUACAGAGUGCGUCUGCCGCUGCCAACUUGGAGGCAGUGAAAGAGGAGUCUAUGGGUCAGUUGUCGUCCCGAAAACCAAGCAUUCUGCCAGACGAAUCAAAAUCACGGUCAGUUUCUAAACCCGGUUCUGCACAGAAAGACGAGUCGAAAUCGGGGACCAGAGCUGGGUCGAGCAGCAAGAGCCCAGGCCUGAAGUCGGGAGCACCGUCUGUGGCGACAGAUGGGAAGUCUUCAAAAGCCAAGGAGGACCAGCCUGCUGAAGUGACUGCGGCAUCUGCAGGAGACAGUCAUGCCGAGCAAGCUGUCAAGUCGGCUGCUGGUGAGAACAUUUCUGUCUCAGAUGGUCGUAAAUCGACUCCCACUUCCAAAGGUGUUAAAUCAGGUAUGUCGGACCGCGAGAAAGCUGCCAAAUCUGUAUCAGAUAAGAGCAAGACGAAAUCCCGAGCUGUGAGCGGCGACAAAUCCCUUGCGCCCUCUGCCACCCCAGGAGGAAGGGACAGCACCGAAUCUAAGUCGCCGAGCAAGGGCGAUAAGUCUUUAGGUCGGAAAACUGUCAGCGGCAGGAGCAGCAUGAAAAAUAAGCCUACAGGAAGCGAGUCUAAAGCUGGCUCACGGGCAACCACAGGGGGAAAACUGUCACAGGCCAAGAUGAAGACACCGACCACCGAUGGUGGACAGGCAGCCAGUGGAGGGGACGAGGAGGUUGUGGACAACCCUUGGGACGAUGAAGAUGUUGAUGACGUUGACGUAUUCCGCGAUGAUGACGGCAACGAAGAUGGUGAAAGGAUGGUGGAAGACACGGAGGAUUACCGUAUGCCCUCCACGCCUUCUGAGGAGAAUGCCAGGAUCAGCGGCGAUAUGCCCAGCAAGAAGGGAAGUGUGGAUUUGGCCAUCGCCGGCCAACAGCUCUUGACCCCUCCUUCCACACCCGGGAUUAAGAGGAAAAAGUCGUCCGGAGAGGAGCUUCUGAGAGACUCUGUAUCCCGGAAGUCAAGUGUCACCGAGAAGGACAUCAUGGAUACGCUGACUGAGCAUGCGCAGAGAAUUGCCGAAAGUGUCCUUAGCCAACCAGCUUCUGGCCAGAAUUUGGAGAAAGAUGUUCAGCAAGCGGCGGACCUCUGGGCGGAGACCCAUCCUCCCCGCCCCCUCUCCCGCGCUCACUCCGUGCGCGAGUUCCGAGCUGAUGCUAUAGCCGAGAUCAUGCGAAACCGGCGGGCUAGUAGUGCUGCUCCAUCCGCUGCUGAGUACAGGGACCUCAUCAAGAAGUCGCUGGCAACUGCUGCUGCCAAGGCGGCAGGAAUCGACCCCGAAACUUUGCCGGAUGAAGCUGAGAUAAGUGAAGAGUUGCUGGAGGCUUUGGCAAAUCACAAGUUGAGCCCAGAUCAGAUCGAGGUUGUCAGUGACUCGGAAGGCCGCACGCGCAUCCAGUCCCGGGUGGACCUCACAGAGGCACUGGGUGGGGUAGAGGAAGGACAUAUAUUUAUAGCUCCGGGGUCGAAAGCAGAAGAGAGUGGUAUCGGAAAGCGCCAGAUCUCCAUCCCAGCUGACCGGACCUCACAGAUGGAUGACAUGGAGUUUGACCGCAUCUCUUACCAAGGCACUGAUGUUAUGUCUGAGAAGGGGGAGAAGGGCAAAUCAAAAUCUCGUGGUGGUUCAAAGGCGGGUUCUAUCGCUGGUGGGACGCUUGCUGACCUGAGUGAAAUGGAAGGUGUCAUGGCGGCUCUCGAGGGCAAAGUGGAAAAUGCCCCAGAACCGGAGGAUGACUUUAUGAAGGCCGUGGCAGAGGCUGCAGGCACCGCAACCAAGGAUACGCCCCCUGACACAGUCAGAAAGACGACCUCUGGUAAAACAACGCCCAGUGCUGUCAGCGUGAAGGCAACUCUGCCUGUGGAGGAGAAGACGCCUCCAGCCGCAGCUGCUGAUGACGCUGCCAGUGAGAAGAGCCGCCCGUCUCUGCCUGGUGGCACCGCCACAGAGAAGAAGGCAGAGGACAUGCAGAGCGUGAAAAGUGGCAAGACUGGAGUGUCCCAGAAAAGUGAGGCGUCUAAAGACUCCAAGAAGAAGGGGAAAAAGUCGCCGGAAGAAAAGGACGAGCCUUUCGUUGUUGGCAAGGUGGAUCAGAAGGGAGAGUUGGAGAAACUGUACGGGCCGGUGGAUCUUCCACCUCCCCCUCCACCCGCGAAGCAAGAGGAGAAGGCCAAAAGUCCCGAAAAAGUGGAAGAGGAGCCCGCGCCUCCUGUUGUGGCCGAGCCUGUCCCUGACCCCGAGGAAGGGAAAGGUCAGGAGGUGGAGCCAGAGACAAAGCCAUCAGCUGGGGGCCAAGGUCCCCCCGUCAUCACCACCACAGGGGCUAUGGAUCACGUGGCCGAGCUACAGAAACUGUACGGCGGCAAGGUGCCCACUGCUGGCGGGGCACCGCCGAAACUUGGCUCGGCAAAAGGCAAACCGAAGGAAAAGAAGGCCAAGAAGGAGCUCACAAUCCCGAAGAAGGAGGAAAAGAAAAAGAAGGGCAAAAAGGGCAAGAAGGGGAAGAAGAAGGAAGAGGAGGAGCCAGCGCCCCCAGCCCCUGCACCAGUAGAAGAGGCGCCACCCCCUCCACCCCCGCCCCCUGCAGCCCCAGAGAAGGAACUGACGCCGAGACCUGUGUCUUCAGAGCACAAGCCCUCGUCACCAGACGAAAGAACAGAGGAUGAGUCCGACUACGAGAUUGUUCGUGAACAGUCCAGUCCGGAACUGGAUCACGGGCCUAAGACGAGACUGAAUCUUCCUUCCCCUCCACCUGAUGAAGAGGAAGAUAAGAGUGAUGGAGAGAAUGAGGACGAGGAAGGGGAAGACAUGAACUUGAAGUCAAUAUCAAACAGAGAGGCCAGAGCUGCUAAACGGGCGGCUGCAGCUGCCAAACGCAGGGAAGAGGUUGAGAGACGGAGGAGGGAAAAAGAGGAGCAAGCGAAGAGGGAAAAAGAGGAGGUGGAAAGACAAGUUGCUCUGCAGAGGGAAAUGGAGGAGGAGCGGCGGAGAAGAGAAGAAGAGAGAAGAAUGCGCAAAGAACAACAAAGAGAACAAGAAGAACGGGAACGCCGUGAACAGGAAGAGACAGAGAAGAGGAAGAGGCUGGACGCAGACAGAGAAAGGAAAGCGAAAGAAGAGUACCAGAGGAAGUUGGAAGAAGUGAAGAGGAAACAACACGAGGAAGAGUUGAGAAAGCAUGAACUGAUGCUGCAACGACAGAGGGAAGAGGAAGAGAGGAGACUGGCAGAAGAGGAGAUGCUCUCACAGAUGGCAGAGCAAGAGCGUUUGGAAUAUGAGAGAAAGAAGAAAGAAGAAGAGGAGGAAAGAAAGAGAAAGGAACUGGAAGACAAGCUCCGUCGUGCGGAGGAGGCGAGGAAGGCCAUGGAAGAGGCCCAGCGGUUGGCAGAAGAGAUGGCUCGCAAACAAGCAGAACUGGAAGCCAGACUCAAAUUCAACCGUGCCCUGCAGGAGGAGGCAAAUGGGCUUUCACACUCACAAGAAAUCAAUCGUGCCUUUGUUUACUCAUACUUUGACCUGCUCAAGUGGUUGGGGCUUGACAUUCCAGAAUUUGAGCUGGCAAAAUUGGCAGACUAUUAAUUGUCAGCAUAUCUUUUUUUUCUCUAUGUAAUUGUUAUGACUUAAAAUAUACGACUUCAAAAUGAAUAAUCUAAGGGAAUACAAUGAUAGUCAAACUUUUUUAUAAUCAAAUGGUAGAGAAAUGUUUGUUUUUAGAGACAGCAAGCUCAGAGUUUAUAAGCUAGUUAAAGGAUUACUCUGAAAUUGCUGUUGUGACCUUGAGCAUUAUGCUAAGUGUCCUGGUACAUAUGAACUAGCAUCAUAAUACAUAAUCUAUAACCAACAUCUGAAGCAUUUCUCAGAACAUUCCAGAUAUUACCAUGCUUUGAACUUUCGGCCAGUGAAUUUGUUUAAGAUGUUAUGAAUGAUUGUUUUGUAUUUUGUUUUUUCAUUCUUGUGUCAAUUGAGUGACUUUCAUUUUUUAAAAGUGAAAUAUUGUUUGAAAUAAACAGAAAGAAAAGCUAUUUAAAGUCUAUUAUUGUGUACUUUGCUUGAGCUGUUGAAGGAAAAGACAUGAUAACUCUCCUGUUACUGUUUAUUGAUAAGCACAGGAUCUGAUUUAAAAUGAUAAACCAUCAGCAGCAAUAGUUCUAAGCUGAUAAUGAAAGAAAUCUUGCUUCCUAGCAUUGUUUUUGCCUUAAUAUGUAGCUUGAAAGUCAAAGGAAAUAUGAGUAUGUUCUCGCAAAGUCUGUGAUCAAUUGUAUAUUAGAAUGAAUUUAUGCUGGAGCUACCAACAGGGUACUAUAGUUCUGUACAUUUGUUCUGUGAAGAACAGAUGAUUUUUUGUUUUGUUUUUUAAUCCAAUUCUUUGUUACUACAAGUGGAGCUGUGAUCUCCUCUAUUUUCUGGAUGUUCCCACUUUUUCAUCACGUAUGAUGUUAAUGUGAUACUCUGAUUGAGGAAUACUGGAGAAUUUUUUUAAUGAAUGUAAAACCAGAUUUUGUCUGAAAAGUUCUGUGAUAAUUCUUUCGGUGAUCCUUUUAUCUUUGCAUGAUUCAUGUGUCAAAAUCUUUUUGUGCAGAUUACCUUUUAGAGCUAUGGUCAUGGACAUAUAUUUUGAUAUCGGUUUACUUAGUCUUGAGACAUUCUAGAUCUAAAAUGUAAUGCUUUUUUCCUACUGACUUAAUCAACACUGCUUUUGUGAGAUGCCAUUAAUUUUGCAAAGAGAAGGAUUUGAGGAACAGUAGUCGUUCCUUCGCUGACCUUACUUCGGCUUUUGUCAAAAGAAUUGUUCAGAAUCUGAUUAAACCCGUGUGAAGAAUUUCUUCUUUUUCUAUUCCUUGUUAGUUAAGUGGAAAAUAUCUGAUGGGCACUUCAAGAGCAUUUGCUUGAGUUUAUUUUAUUGUGCUUUUAUUAACUUUUAUCCUGUUUGAAGUUUUCAAAAUGGAAUUCAAAUAUGAGCAGAAAUUGAAGGAUACAUGGAAAAAAAUCAUCCACUUGUUUUUUCCCCUCUUUUAACUGAUCUAAUAAUUUUUAUACCUUCUGAGGUGUUGAUUUUGUUUCCAUUUGCACUUUUUCGAUAAUAGAACAAAGAAGUUAUCAUUUUCAGCUUUUUAUACUUAAAAUAAUUGCCAUAUUUUGCCCACCUUGAGAUGAAAAGCACUUUGGAGUGUGUCAUAACUUCUGCACAAAAUCUGUGCCUGUGUGGUAUUCAGCCCAUCAACAAUAGUUGCACAUUCUAUUCCAAUUCUUCCCUUCAGGUAAUGACUGAAAAUAAAAAAUAACAACCCCAAAUCGUUAAUUAAAUUAUGGUGCAAGUACCGUCUAGAAUUGAUAAACUUUUGGUCCUGUUUGGCUCUGUCUUGAAUUACUUUUGUGAAAUACAUUAGUACCCAAUCAUUGCUUUUUGCUCUGCCAAAUUUAUUACCACUUAUUUUUAAGUAUUAAAGAUUUCUUGACAAAA